UAGCUGUGUGCAUUAUCGUGCAGGGCAGUUUGUUAUGCUCACUGUCAACUGACAAGUGUGAUCGAGGGUUUGACGAUGGAGCUGAAAUAGCCCGGUGGUCUCUACAGAUGGGUGACGAUCCAGGGCAGGUGCGCCGCCUGGUCUCGGGCCCGUCGCUGUGUCCAUCGUACGUGCGUUUUGUGAACAAGACAAAUCGCCACGUGGAUGUCAUCUGGCUCAACUAUGAUGGCCUGCGCAUCAAGUACAAGAGCCUCGGGCCAGAUCAGAUGCUCGAUGUGGACACCUUCGUGAACCAUCCGUGGAUCUUUCGUGACACAGUGACACGUGAUCGUAUGGUCGUUCAUCAGAAGGAGGUGUUCCACCCUCCUGAGCCAUCGCUCCUGGGCCCCGAUGGGCAACCCCAGUACACCCGCAAGGUGGUGCUCAUCACCCUGCCUGUGUGCUCACUGAAGGAGAACUGUUUCCAAGAGAUCCGGCGCUGCAUCGUGUCACCCGAGGCCAUCCGCCGAACAGGCAUUCCACAGUCGCUGCAGAUGGACUACCUCAUCUUUCUACAGCAGCAAUGAAGAGGAAGCGACGACAUGGGCGCCGUGUGCCGCAGUGGACCACCAGCUGCGAGUGUUUAUUCCCAAUUGUGGACCUACACCGCUGUUGUGCAGCCACUGAGCAUGUGAUGUUCAGUGGCAAACACAAUCAGGGAUUGAAAGUACGCACACUUUAGCAGAUAUAAGAAAAUUGGUCAACUUGCAGCUCGCUGCUUUCUUCGCCUCCCUUUAGCAGUCUUGUCUUCAAGUUGGCUUAUCUGUAUGCUGUGUUUUGAAGCAUUGAGUCAGUUAGUGAGUGUCCCUUGUGUGAAAAGUGUUUGUUUUUGAAACUAGAUUCUCUCAGGUUUUUAAAAUGACUUCAUUGUAAAGGUGCGCGCAUCUGCGUGUAAGUGGGUGUGUGAAUGUGACUGCGCAUGCACUUUCUGCCUGCAAUGUAUAUACAUGUUUGGUGUGAAUGAAAGGCAGAGUGAGGGGUGUAAAGGCAGAAAAUAGCAGCACAAGUUAGGAAAGGACAAGCUACUGUCCAGUUGUUGGCCUGUUCUUGUUAAAAAGAGGAGUUCUGGGCAUAAAACUACUGCUGCCAGUGUUGGAGUAAUAUAAGUAGCCAUUGACCAAUAUACUUGUUUCCAGAUUAUCAAAAAAAGAAAAAAAAACAGGAAAAAAAAACUUCUGGAGCACUAGGAUCUUUUAUGUCGACGUCUUGCAGUAAUGCGGCUGUUUUUGCUAUAAAUCAUAGUACAUUAUUGUGUAGAGCUGCAAAGGCACAAACAUGGCAGGGCAAACACAUGAAGUGCAAUGUGCAGCCAAGCUGAUUUAGUCUACUAAUCAUGAGUUGGAUUCAAAGACUGAUUGAUUGGUUGGGUGAUUGAGUGAUGCUGAAUGUCUCGGAGCAACUCGGAAGCUAUGCAGGGAUGCCUUAAUGGGGGCGGGAGCUCCUUAUUAAUUUUGUCCAGUUGUGGGUUCCUUCACGUCCUCGCAAAGCUUGGUGCACAAGUGUUUUUGCUCUGUGCCCCCUCUCAAAUACAGCUCUGGUGGCCGGGAAUUGGGAACCCUUGGCCUUGAUCCCAGGAGCAGGAUUCUAUAGCCACUGUGGCAUGUAGAAAAGAGGAGCAAGGACAUGCAAGCAGGCUAGUCAAUAUUUCAUAGCGCACACUGUUGCAUAACUUGACAAACGAGUGACAUAUACAAGCACUAACUUGCAGUCUAACUUUACUGUGGGAAAUGGUGCCAUUAUAUGCAUGGGGAUGAUAACAAAGUAAAGAACUUUUUUGCAUUUUUUUACCCACCUUUUGUUACUUGAUUUGGUCUCAAUGCAUAAUAAUGACUGUGUCUCCCGCAAUAAAAUUCACCUGCAAGAUAGUACCAUUGUUGAGCUUCUCGCAUUCUUGUCUGAAGUUCUGCUUUGCCAGGCACACUAAGAAGGAAAACUAGGCUGAUAAAAUGCCAGGCACAAGUGAAAACAAGGAUUCCUGUUGCACCCACAGCUGUACUCAUUGAGGUGCAGAUUAAACAGUCAAUCCCAGUUGGUUGAAGAUGAUCCAGAGCAGUGCACGGGACUGUGAAUCAUUAUUGUGGGUGUGAUUCCUGGACACUGCAGCUGCAUUUCAACAGCGGCAGUGUGACAAGAUUUUGGUGCACUUGAGAAAAGGACGCCAGGUAGUUGGAAUUAAUCUUGAGUCUGAUAUGAUGUCCCUGGUAGCAGCUUUGGUGUAGCAGGGGGACACCAGAUUCAAUCACCAAAUUAACACGAGUGCACCUGGCUAAACAAGCCACCUGGCAUGAUUUCACUCCACAGCAUGCAGGAAGUUGCAUGAAAAUAAUGGGAAGACUUGGCUGUUGCAUGAAAGACGAGGAUGUUCAGCUUCCUAUAUUCUACAAUAAUGCAUUGCACCAUGCACAUUUUCCUGCUGUUGCGAAUGUGCCUUUACAAAGGUGCAGUGCUUCAGCCACGGGAAUAAAGUAUUCACUGAGGUGAGCUAGCUGUAGGAUACUGGUGAAAGCCUCUAUUUAAGUGGAGCACAUGUUUAAUAAGAGCAUUGUGGCAGUCGUACUAGUGCUAAAAAGAUUUCCUUAUGAGGCAGUGCACAUGACCAAGUGUCAUGGCCCACUGCUGCUGAACUUGGAAGUUCACUUAUCUUACAAGGUACCACGUAUGUGCCCAGUGUUUGGCAGUGUAGAAUUCGAGCUUCAAAUGGGCUUUCACGCAAGCAGUUAUAACCAACUUUGUGGCAAUGUUAGAGAAGCCAUAUGUGGAUCUAAGUCUUCUGUCAUAAUUGGCGCUAAAGCUUGUGCCUUGUUUCACCUGCAGGAUUUAACAGCAACACACUGCCCUAUUUAUUGUUUGUGCUAGCAGUAUAUUUAUGAGGAUGUGCAGGUUUUCUUUGUUCCAUGGUCACUGGCAUUCAUGGUUAUUCUCAAUAUUCUUACUUUGAAGCAUUCAAUUUUGGAUGGCCAAGGUUAGGUGACAUGUGCAAUGGUGCAAGCCUGUCUCAUCUUAACCAUUAACAUUCAAGCCCCUAAAUGCAUAGGCAUGUGCACAUGUGUGGGGAGUCAGACCCCCCUGAAGCACCCUGACUGGGGCCCUCACAUAUUUAAUUUUCUGGAGGUCAUUCCUUCCUCCCCUACACCACCCCCACCAUUGGAUACCCUGUGCAUGCCUAUGCCAAGCUGUAUUCAUGCCACAAGUUUCUGCCAAUGUUGGCAAAGACGAGCUCUACCAGGACAGACCACAGUUUCUUUUGCUUUACUCGCAUUUACUUGAGUCGCGCUCAUGACCUCAUUUGGCGCAUGUAAUUGAGCUUGGGUGCCUGUGCAUGUUAGUUUGAGGUUCACAUUCCUUUCAUUCUCACGUAGUCCCAUAAAUAUACAUAUUAUACCUUACGGUGAUGUUGAGUAAAAAAAAAAAAAAAGCUCAUUUUCAAAGUAGAGGAGUAGAGGUUACAUUCUUCACUUUCUUUUGAGAUAACCAUGAAUUCUAGUGACACGUGUAAUAUAUGUUUAAUACCGGGACAUUAUGUGCAAAAGUUUGGAGAAAUAUCAAAACGUGUAGAACCUGGCACGUGUGUUAAAGGGUCCGUGUCAUGCUUAGCAAUGUUACCUGCUUGCUUUCGACUUGGUAAUCCCACCAGCAAUAAUGGCCAGGCCAAGUGAAGCUGCAGAUAGUGAGGUUGUCAGAAGCUGAUGUCCAUGAUGUUGCUAUUUCCGUGUUAUGGUCAGUGACUCCUCUAUCUGCCUGUUGCGUUGACCACUCUCCUGUUGUGCUUCCAUCGUCAUGGUGUUUCUCGAGGUGGCGCUAGCUUCUGACACUAGCCCCCUCCUGCGGCAGUGCGGGAUGGCCAAGUACACAGUUCGUCUGCUUUAUUGAAUUUUACUCUAUCUACAAGGUUGUGUGCAUAUUUCGUGCAUACUUUCAGCACAGAAGUGCGAGAAAAUGCCUAAAGGGGUAGUGUUCGAAAGCGCAUUAAAUACUAAAAACUUUGACAUAAAGGCAGGAAGGAAACACUAUCGCAGUAUUAUUUAAGUCAAUUAUCAAGAGCAUGCUAUCAACAUAAAGUGCACUACACAUUUCAAACAAAUACAAAUUGAAUAUGGAGACUUGGACAAAUAAAUAUAGACAUGGAGAGAACACAUUCCUAUUCGAUUAUAAAACACGCAUUUACAUUUGACAAAAAAGAAAAGCAUCACAUUCAAACAACUUCUUCAAAGUUUAAGCACAAAUUUGCAUGGCAGUGGCUUUCUUUGGUAGAAUUUAGCCACUGCAUUUUGGUCAGUGAUGUCUAAUGCAUGGUUAGAAAGCAAUGGCUUCAUGAAUUUUUUGCAAUCAAUUCUGCGAAAAUUCGCCGGUGGCCUUCAUCACAUUGGUUACAUUGUAGGACAGGCAAAUUUGUCACAGCAGUGGCGCUGUGCUUCAAGUGCUCAUCUAGUGGCUUUUGCAGAGAUUUGCAAUAAGUUACAGCAUAAUCUUUGCAUACGCUUAAGAGCAUGCAGGACUCUCAUGAGCUGCUGCGUAGGAUAGAAUAGCCCAAUCCUGUCUUGGUGGUAGAUCAGUCCGUCCAUAGCAGAGUUCCCUGCAGGUUUUGCUCCAGAGAUAUGCAGUUGUCACAUGCAAUCUUUUCGCUCGCAACAUGAGAUAUGUAGCCAGCUACUAGUGUGAUGGCAGCCACCUCCGGGGUGGGUAGGAAAGGUCUUGUCGACAUGCACAAUUCUUGCAGUGCUUGCUGAGCCACUUUGACAUUUGUAGAGACAGUGGCUGUGCUGCCAUUUAGUUGAGUGAUGGUCAUUGCCUGUCAGGAGCAGAAUUACGCACAACUGCUCACGUUGCUUUUCUGUGAUGCAGUGCCAAUCUUCAGCGUCCUCUCAGGCCCACAAACGGCACUUCUCACUUCUGCGACUUCAUUGUAGCUUGCCAUUCAUCUCAUAAACCCCCCCAAAAAAGACUUUGUUGGAUCAGUUGAAAACUUUGGAGUGUGAACAAACUGAAAGCUGCACUCAUUAAAAAUAAAUUUUAUGUAUUGUACAUUUGAGACUGCAUUAAACAUUAAUGCAUGAUAUGUCUCCUUGCUUGGAAAAUUAUCCUGCGAGCUUGCCUCCUUUAGGUGUUCAGUGUAUCCCAAAACACUGAGUUCAAGCCAGUACAACCUUGCAUCUUCAGAGUCCGAGAAUGCUCUUGCAUCACGGUUAUUUAGGUGAAUGUGCUGUUGGCGAUUGCUGACAUCCAUCUGUACAAACCACCUGUACAUAAUUGGCAUGAAUUCCACGAUUAGACCUAUAUUUGUAAACUUCACAUCACAAGUAUACCCUGCCUGGCUACCUCAAGGCAGCUGUGAUGAGGGGCGACAGUACUUGUACAGCUGUGCUCAUUCCCAUUUUUUCUGUGUUAGUGGGAAAGAUGUGCUUCCUUGUGAGAAAACAGACUGGCUUCACGGUGGAGUCUUGCUGCAUUUUGUAUAGGUCCUUCAGAUAAACAUCAGAGAUCUUCCCGCCAAUUUCUUUAGAAAGGAACUGUGAACAAACAUUCUUGAUAACAUGACUUUGAUCAAAUGCCAGAACCGGUGGCCUUGAAGCAUCAGCUGGGUGUGCUAUCUGCUCGCAGAUGCCCUCGUGACAACACUUCCAUUGCUGCAACACUUAAUUUGUGGUUGUCCAUCCCUAGGUGCACAAUUUGGUGUCCUACCUCCUCUAUUUUACGAUUGGCUGUAUUUCUGUUGCGAGCAGUUUGCCUGAACAUCUUUUUGCAAAGAAGUAUCCUAUGGGAAUUUUAAAGCUACCAUGCAGCCCACGCAGCAGAAAACACAAGAGAGAGUUGUCAAACUUUUUUCUGUUGUAGGCAAAAGAUGGUUGAGGUCAGCACCUAAGUCAACAUUUUUAAUCCAUCUCUCAGUUUGUUGUUUUUGAGCUUUUGUCGGAUGCGCAUCUUAUCCACGAUGAGGCUGCAGAGCUGUGAAGUUUGACUGUGGAGUUUUGAGUCAUUCCAGCUCAGUGCUCAAACUUGCCUUCACAAGAUCACUAAAUCAACCUUUUCUACACAACUUUCCAAGUACUUUUGCAGUGUAGUUCGACGGAGAAGAGUAAGCAGCUUCUCUGAUCUAAUAUGCUUAUAGCAUAUUGCAGUACGGUGACAUAGUAUAGUGCACUGUCUGAUUGUUGUUUCAGACCAAGUAAGCUCUUUACCUUAUAGUUCAUGACUUGAUCCAAGAUGAGCUUGGCUUUAAUGCUUGACAGUUCAGAGUUUUCACUAAUCUGAAGAAACUUGCCAAUGUGGCACUCUUGUUUCAACUGCUCAAGCUUCUUCUUAUAGCUAUCUACAAAAAGGCGCAGCCUUUCAUUCUGUGCCUUCACACUCUUCUCUUUCUCACGCCACUGAUUUCUUUGUAAGUAGGCAGCUGAUGAGCUUAACUUGUUGGUCUGUGUGCCAAAAGAUCGCAUGGUGUAUCCAAGCAAUCAAGAGAAGACCCAGCACCUGAAACACUUGGUUGUACAGAGAGUUCUUGAGAGACAGUCUCAGAGGCACGAGUAGACGCUCCUGGUUUUAGGUGCCUUUACUGGCUAUGGUUCACAUUUGCAUUUAAUGAUGCUUCCAUCAGUUUGUGGUUUGGACAGUGUUCGCCAGAGGUACAAUGGAAAAACUGGGCAUGCCACUUGGCUUCAACAGGCGCCUCAUGCCGUCAUCUUGGAAGUUGCUUACGAGGAGAAGCACAGGCUGCACGCAGCCGUGUAAUUGAAUGUAGAAUUUGGCUGCCAGUUUUUUCUACAUUACUUUGAGCCAUCGUUCCCUCAGCAUUAUCUCUGCAGGUAUCUCGUGAAACGGCACUCCUGGUUGCUUCUUUCGCUGGCUUGACGUGCAGAACGGCACACAGCAAUAACGCAUCUUUGCUAGACAUUGCGGUCACAAUAAGAAUAAAAGCACAUGAUGAAUAAGCAAAGUUCCUUACUCACAUGGUACAUAAUAUUGUAAACAAACACACAACACUCAAUAGAGACAGGCUACCACGCAGACAGAGCAGCGUGUCAGUGCUGGCGCUGGAGCGAAGUAGUGUUAGAAGGCAAUACUCACCUUGUAGACAUGGCGCAAAGAAAGGAGGGAGAAAACAGGAGAGGGUAUGGCAGGCACUUUGGCGCUCACGCAGCAGGCAAUAAAAAAAAUUAAAUAGAAGAGGCAUAUGGUUCACAUCUCUCACCCCUGUGUUGACGACAUGCCAUGACCUCAUGUCGAUGGAAUGCACCGGGGGAAACUGUUGUCAUUGCAGGUUUGCACUGACGUUAAAUAUCCAGGGCUGGCAUGAAGGAUUUGCCCUGUGGCCGCUUUGUACAAAUGAAACCACAAUAACUUGAUUAUAUGUGGCAUGGUGGUUUUAGUGUUCUUUGAGAUACACGAAGUCACAGGUUGAGUUUUUGGCAAUGGCAGCCGCAUUCCCAUGGGGCCAAAAUACAAAAAGGCUCAAGUCAUUUAUUGAACCGCGUCAUUGCCCAGCGGUGCUCACUAGAAGCAUAAUUGAGGCCAACACUCGACUCAACCGUGAUUAUUUAAAAACAAUGUUUGCAGAUAGCCACUUCACAGCAGCAAAAACGUAAUCAAUUAAGAUUUGGUGUUAUUUUUGUGUGCUGUACUUUUUAUAAUAAUACAAAUAGACACGGUCGUUAAGAAAAAAGUCACGAGACUACAAAACACUUAGGGGUGGGGGCUGAUAUUUCGCCUCUGCCCUCUGAGCAUUGCUCUGUAUUGCGCACACAAGAAGUUCGCACAAAAGCUUAUAUACUUGCUUAUUUACGCUUGUGAGCAGCUUUGUCAUCUCGUUUGCCUUGUUUUGUACGUGCAAUACACUCGUGAGUGUUGUUCACGCAGUGCAAGUUCUACUCUGUGCAUCAUUGUUGCCACACCCUUUUUGUUGUUAACAGUGCUCUGCUAGCCACCUGCGCAAGCUAGAAAAGAAGAAAAGAAACGUAGCGCGGUCCUAGGUUGCUCGACCAGUAAUGUCAACCAUGAAAUGUGGUAGAAUGCACAGUUUGCUACCAUUGUAGCGGCAUCAUCAGCACACUGGAGUAACCGUAAUAUAUGCACAUAGAACAUGUAAGCAACUAUGGAGUGCAAACUUAAGCUAUGUAGGUGCUUCGAGCUCUUGCCAUUGGCAGCGAGUGGUUAUGUCACAGGGUGAGAGAAAUGCGGACAGGAGACUGCGCAAAGUUUGAGCUGAGUGCAUGCAUUUUGUUUCUUGCAUUUUGGAAAUUCUCAGCUGAAAAACGGCAGCAAUAGGAGACUGCAUACCCCUAUCGCUGCCGUUCUUGUUACGUUUAUUUCUCCAACCGUCAAUCUAUGCAAUCUGCGAUAGGAAAACAGUUGCGCGAAAGGGACAGAGCCAUAUAUACUCUCCGAGAGAGUUCCGUGAUUCUAUCAUCUUGCCACACUACCCACUCCGAUUAGUGGUGCCCACUUUUCGUGAUGUAGGCUGCCAGAUGUAGCCAACUGCAGUGGCUUGGUGAGAACUGUGGUGGCUAUUUAGACCCCUUCUCGGCAAAGCACAUGGGACUUAUUUGCUGCAAAUAAAUUUUGCCAUUACACAUUGUUAAGAUGUGUCCCCGGACUCCUGGCCAGCAGGCCUCCAUCCUCGGUGCUAUCCCUUGCACGUUAUUCCUUGCCUUGUUGUGCAGUUUUGUUCAAACCGAAACACGCCAUGUUUCUGGCUGUUUAAACUUCUGAAAACGAAGAUGCAAAGUCUUCUUUUGUUUUGCAACGUUUGGCACCACAAAUGGCCUUUUGCUGACCACUCUGAGCUUUGCGAGGCACGUGCUAAGCUUGCUUCAUUAUUGCUUACAACACCUUUUCAUGCAUCACACUGGUUACACCAAACAAUUAUGUUUUGCUAUGCCAUGGGGCUUGAUCAUGCAUGCUAGCUUGUGAAGUCUCAGUGACGCGUUGACUAUAGCAAUUGGCUGCAUUCAAAUAUCAAAAGUGUGCAUAGUUGAAGGUGUGCCUUGGCCUCGCAUACUGUGCCAAGUGUCACGUAAUGUGGUCACAAUGUUAAUGUUUUUGCGUGUAGUGUCUUUUAGCUCACUGUUAUUGCUUACUGGUAAUGUGCCACUUGCCUGCCGCAUUUGUACAUGUGAGUUAAUCCAAGCUGCUAUGACAAGUGAAUGUGUGGUGCAGUUUAUAGCCGUGGUCUAUAUAGUUUUGGGCAUCAUAGCCAUACCUCAGCAAAUUUAGUGUGCACAUACUCGCACUAUAUUUUUUUUCUGGUCAAUGCAUUCAUACGCACAUACACCACCACUCACUCGCAUGCUUCUGAAUUGAGUGGUGAAUGCACUCAUGGAAUGUGCCUACCUUUACAUACAGCACCAGCGCACAAUCAUGCAUAUGCACAUACAGCGCACAAGACAUGCAAACAUGUGCAAGAGCAUGUACACAUGCAACACUUAUGCCACCACCCAUUCAUACUCACUGAUGUUUAUCUCCACUCACUCACAAUGACUCAUCCAAAUUUAGUGUGAGCAUAGUCCUGCGUGCAAAGGCACAAGCGUGCACACUCACCACCACUUGCACUCACCACGUUUACUCAUGGCCAUUCACGCUUCAGCCAGGAUUAAUGGCAAGUGGCUUACGUUCACUUCAGAAGAACUUGUUAUAUGUCUAGUCAGUACUUUCUAGACAGUGGCCGCUUUAAAAGGGUGCACACAAAAAACUGACGGUAAAGAAGCAAUCGUAAAGCUGCCUGUGUUGUGAUUGUUACCUUCGUGUGUGCGUCUGUGUUUUUGUGUGCGUCCUUCUUGUGGCAAUCUUCUAAUGGCUUGCAUAUGUUUGUUGAAACGUGCUAAACUUUGAAAUUUUGAAUGACAUGUAAAAAAAUAAGUGAGUAUUGGGCUGUAAAAGUACAGAUCACUGUGAAAGUACAUGGAUUGAGCACAAAUUGCUUGCUCUGACUUGGCAUGUCGAAGCGUACAAAUGUUGGGUUCUAAUGCAUAUGGAAGUCGACAGUGUGAAUCUAACAUGCAUAUGAGCUUCCCCACAGUGUUAAAAGUGAAAAGUGUGAGGUCGCACAAAUGGAGUAGCCAACGCGAGCUUCAGCUAUGGGUGGUGUAGACAUGACGAAAGAUGUUGGAGCAGGGAGUGCUCUCAGAUGUUGGCUAAUGACGUUGCCUGCUCCUGGCUGUGCUUUGCCAAACUCUCAGUAUAGUAUAUGGCUCUGUAACAGGCAUGCUAGGAAUGGCACCCUCUGGACUGUCUCUAUAACUACAAUGAAUUCCUAAAUGUUGUGUGUUCACAAUUGCAAAAAGAAGAAAAAAUAUAAAAAUCACUUCUUCACGAAGGUCACGCUGCUGCUGAAAACUUUAUACCACUAGAGAGGUUGAUAGUGUUUGCUCAUGGCAGUAUCACAAGAUGUUAGAAGUAGUGCUGCUCCGCCUGUGCUGAUGUCAUGAGUGGCAACCACAGGGUGGUCAGUAGAAAUCACUCACUAGUGUGCACUUUGAUUUUGUUAGUUGCAGAAAAACCAAGCAGUGUGGCCAUGUGCUCUUUUUGGUGCACAUGAACAAAGUAUUGAGGAAAAUGUAUGAUGGAAGCUUCGUACACUGUAUAUAUAUAUAUAUGCAUCAAUUAAUUGCUGGAGCUGUCCUUGAAGAGCUGUUGCACAUGUGCAAAAUGUGUGAAAGUGCAAAAAUAAAAAAUGUACACCCGUGAGCAAAAGUAUACGGACCAGGGGUUGCGCGAAAAAGCCGAUUUUUUCCUCUGCCUAUGAACGCAACUUGAAAUUGAGGACUGCAGUCCAAACUUGACACUGCGAACUUUUCAGUGUAAUCAUCAAUGCCAGUUUAUGCUUGUUAAUUACGAAGAAAUUCCCAUUUUUCGGCGACCCGGCGGUCAGUAUACUUUUGCUCACGGGUGUACAUAAAACAUAAAAUUGCGGCUGUGGAUAUUUUAACUUUCAAACACACUUUAAUACUAAUAAUAAUAAUAAUAAAUCAAAUUACGACAGAACCCUUUUCACAAUGACUGUCAACGUUAAUGUGAUUAGCAUUCAAGCAAUGUAGCAACACACCGUAUUGUUGGAAGACACCUUUAUGAUCUGUACUGGUCAUUUUGAGUUUUCCAAUGUUUCGGGUUUAUUACGAAUUGCAUAUAUGAGGGGUCCGUUUCUUCAAGCUCAGCUGCUGAUAAGGCCCUCUUAGGUUACAUGGCCUAACUGCAAGGGAGACUGCCGGGAUUGACAUCGUACUGGGGACAAUGUUCACCUGUUCUAUUUUGUAUUGGGCUACCUUGCACACCAUAGGACGCCACAAUGAAGUUUCAUGAAACAUGGCCCCUCAACCGCAGCCUGUUCUGUUCCACUGGCGCUGUAGAAGUGGGGCUCAGCAUUCGGAUCAACUACAGCACAAUUGCAUAGGCUUCUUUUACAAGCAUAAAAAUUCAUUAGCUAAAAGAGUGUGCAUUCUCACUUUUAUCAGUAAAUUGUUGCCAUGCGAUGGAAGUCUCGUGCCAAGCUUCUCAAAGCACAGGCUUGAACGAUUGAAGCUGGUAAAUGUGUUAUGUUGAAUUUCUAUGUGUGCGUCCACGGUCUAAUGUGUAGAGCGUGCCGUGCCAAGAAAAUUGGGUUUGAAACCAACUGUAGGACAUGUUUUUUUAGAGUCACGCGGAAGUGGCUAGAUAGCAACACGUCAAAGGAGGGUUAGUAGGCUAAGAAUGUUAAUUGCUAUAAAAUACAUGUCUCCAUUGGCAGGGAGUAACCUGUGCCACUGGCUCCUGCAUUUAUGUUGUAAUUUUUUAAUAAAAGCAAGUGUGGUCAAGCUCAACUGUGAUUGAACAAUAAAGGAAAGGAAGAGAUGUU